UUCAAUAUAUUUUUAAUAUCCAAUUAAGCUAAUUAAUGACAACAAGAAAAUAUACUUUAACAAGUAUGGCUGGGCCACUGAGAGAUCAACCAUGGGGUUUGCGAGCUAUAGAACAUUUAGUUUCUAAAUGUUAUCCUCACCAUCGUGUCAAUCGAAUGGCAUGGCAUCAAGGUGGUAUUCUAGUACUGACAUAUUUGGCAUAUACUUGUUAUCAUAUGACACGGAAACCUAUGUCUGUUGUAAAAAAUGUACUGAGCCUUAAUUGUAGUACUUUAUCACCACCACCAAACUUUUUGAUCAAUAAUAGUAAUCGAGAUACAUGGUGUGAUUGGGCUCCAUUUGAUACUGCAGAUGCUCCAGCAUUACUUGGCAUGUUAGAUUCAGCAUUCUUAUUUGCAUAUGCAGCAGCCAUGUUCUUCAGUGGUUUUAUAGCAGAAAGAGUAAAUUUACGAUAUUUUCUUGCAUUUGGCAUGCUUACAUCUGGUAUAUCGUGUUAUCUGUUUGGUAUUGCUAGGCCAUAUAAUAUCCAUAGUUUGUGGUAUUUUGUUUUGAUUCAAGCGAUUGGUGGUGUCUUCCAAACAUCAGGUUGGCCUGGUGUAGUUACAGUUGUAGGAAAUUGGUGUGGAAAGGAAAAACGAGGAUUAAUCUUUGGAAUAUGGAAUUCUCAUACAUCAUUAGGAAACAUUAUGGGCAGUUUAAUAGCUGCUGCAUUUGUGGAAUUUGAUUGGGGUUUAAGUUUCAUGGUACCUGGAAUAAUAAUGGGUUUAGCAGGAUUUAUAAUAUUCCUAUUUUUAGCACCUAACCCUAUAGAUGUAGGAUGUAUACCACCUAUCUCACCUAGAUAUAGAAAAUUUGAUGCUGCUCAUAGCUCAGAUGAGGGAAGUGGUGCCGAUGAUUGUGAAAAUUUAUAUAAUGAUGCAGAAGAUCGUCUGAUCUAUCGCUGUGCCUACCGCGAACAAGUCGAUGUUGACGAUGCAAAUUUACGAUCUGAAACCAGUCCAAUACUGCCAAGGCAUAGACAUGUACAAGAAACUCAUAGAGGAAAUGCAAUUGGAUUCAUAGAGGCUAUGAUGAUUCCUGGAAUCAUAGAAUAUUCUCUUUCUUUAUUUUUUGCAAAAUUUGUGAGCUAUACAUUCCUGUAUUGGUUACCAUUGUAUAUUGCAGCUUCAACUACUUAUGGUGCAAUGUUAAGCGCAGAUCUCUCUACUCUAUUUGAUGUUGGUGGUAUCAUAGGUGCGAUAGCAGCUGGUGUUUUGUCAGAUUAUAGUGGUAUGAGUGCAUUAAUAUGUGCAGUCAUGUUUGGAUUUGCAGUUCCUAUGUUAUUCAUAUAUGACUACAUUGGAAGCACUGAUUUGGUAACCAACAUAGUAUUACUACUAAUAGCUGGCCUAUUAGUAAAUGGACCUUAUGCUUUGAUAACAACUGUAGUAUCUGCUGAACUAGGAACUCAUCCCAGUUUAGGACACAAUUCUAAAGCUUUAGCUACAGUUACUGCAAUUAUUGAUGGUACAGGCAGUAUUGGAGCUGCUGUUGGUCCAUUAGUAGUAGGAGUAGUAGCACAUUGGAUUGGAUGGCAUAAUGUAUUUUACAUGCUGAUGAUUGCAGCUAUGAUGGCAUUAUUGUUUUUAUCAAGGUUAGUUUACAGAGAUAUACAAGUAUAUAGACGACGGCGAAUAACCGUUUAA